UUCUUCUCCAAUAUAUAACUGCCUCGAGACUCGUCUUCCUCUCCAACCAAAGGCCAAAGUGCCAAAAAGGAAAAAAAGAAAAAACAAGAAGAAAAAAAAGGAAGUGAUGGGUGGGACGAAGAGAUGGGUGUUGUUCAAGAGGCUGAUAAAGAAGGAGUCAUGGAGGUGGAAGUUUUUGGGGUCUGCUUUCAAGUGGAAGAGGCUAAACAUUCAGCUUUCCUUCGUUGAUGAUGUGCUUUUCCGGAUUGCGUCGGUUUUAGAGGCUAUUUUCUUGGUGGCCACUCUCUGUUUCUUCUAUCUUUGUUGUGGCUGUCACUUUUGACAGCGGUAUAUGUAUGUAUCUGUCUUCGUUGUUCUUUCUUCCUUUUCUUUCUUUCUUUGUUCCUUUUUUUUUUUUCCUUCUGGGUGUAGUAGUAUUCUGAGUUCUGACCUGGGUUUUGAGAGGGAAAGGACUGCAUGGUGGUUUUCAUGGAGAAGAAAUUGCUUUUCACCAUUAUGUGAGCUUUGAAUUCCAGGGUUGAAGGGUGGUGGAAAACUGGAGACGUAGAGAAGAAAGCUAACUUGGUCAAAGCUAACUUGGUAACUUCCACCUUUGUUGAGGAAGUUCUUGUGCUAAUUGCACGAGUUUCUUAAUGUAUAAAGUUAAUGGUGAAUUAAAUUAACCUCUGUUGGAGAAAUGAUCUUAAUGGUGAAUUAAAUUAACCUCUGUUGGAGAAAUGUUCUUUC